CGGCCGCAUACCAUCCUCUUCAACUGGGCAGAGCGCCCCAGAACUCAGGACGCACUGGCACAACCUGUUCCUUAGCCCCACAUGAAUAGUGUUGAAGAGCUUGUGGGGCUUUGGGACCUGCGCCCUCUGGCAGGAUUUCACACAUCCACUCCACCCGGGCAAAGAGGAAACUGCCAAGUGGGAGACAGGGAGCAAAGUCCUAUUGCAGGGCGAAGGGGACAAGCCUGCAGCGCCUGGGCAGAGAAAAGGCCCGUCCCCCAAGGGAAGCACUGCUCUCUCGGAGCCAGGCCACCAUGGACGCCCUGGUCCGACUCCUGCAGCUGCUGGUGCUGCUCCUGACCCUGCCCCUGCACCUCAUGGCUCUGCUGGGCCUCUGGGAGCCCCUGUGCAAGAGCUAUUUCCCCUACGUGAUGGAGGUGCUGGCGGCCAAGAACAACCGCAAGAUAGAGAGCAAGAAGCGGGAGCUCUUCAGCCAGAUAAAGGGGCUGGCAGGAGCCUCGGGAAAGGUGGCCCUGCUGGAGCUGGGCUCCGGCACUGGCGCCAACUUCCAGUUCUACCCAGCAGGCUGCCAGAUCACCUGCCUGGACCCGAACCCCCACUUUCAGACGUUCCUGACAAAGAGUAUGGCCGAGAAUAGACAUCUCGAAUAUGAACGGUUCGUGGUGGCUUUUGGAGAGGACAUGAAAGAGCUGGCCGAUGGCUCCAUGGAUGUGGUGGUCAGCACCUUGGUGCUGUGCUCGGUGCAGAGCCCGAAGAGGGUCCUGCAGGAGGUUCAGAGAGUGCUGAGGCCGGGAGGACUAUUCUUCUUCUGGGAGCACGUGGCUGAGCCGCAGGGAAGCUGGGCCCUCCUGUGGCAGCAGGUGUUAGAGCCCACCUGGAAACAUAUUGCGGAUGGCUGCUGCCUCACCAGAGAGACCCGGAAAGACCUGGAAAGUGCCAAGUUCUCUGAACUCCAAAUGGAACAGCAUCCCCCUCUCUUGAAGUGGUUACCUGUGGGGCCCCACAUCAUGGGAAAGGCAGUGAAAUAAGCCCCACCCACCUACCAAGUCUCCCAGCUACUAAGAGGGAUCCAGGCAGAGAAAAGCCAUCCCCCCACCACCCCCAUCCUUCCUUCUCCCACCUCCCCCAGGGGGAACCUCUAACUUCAACCUUUCCUUCCACAGUGCAAAAGCCCUAUUUCUUUCCUGACCACAGGGAGAACACCAUUAAACCCUGUUGUAUACUUACCUGCCAA